AUGUUAUCUUCUUUGGUGCCUUUAUAUUGCAAUGAUUUGAAUAUAAUGUGUUUAUUUAUUUUUAUUUAUUUAUUUCCCAUUCAUUCAACAUUAUCAUUAUUCGCCGCGAAUACAUUCAACUUUCCAUCAAGACCCAAUAAUUAUGUUGCUUUUGAACCUUGGCGUCCGUGUCUAACCGGUUAUGUUCGAUUUGAUAUACGAACCACUGCACAAGAUGGUACACUCGCCUAUAUAGAUGAUCGUGGAAAAUUCGAUUUUUUCUACUUAAAAUUAAUUGAAGGUAAACUUCGUCUCCUAUUUAAUUUGGGCAGUGAUCGACAAGCUUUAAAUGUGAAUAUGAAAAUCAAUGAUGAUAAAUGGCAUACAAUAUUAAUUAAACGUAACGGACAAACGACGAUACUCAGCAUUGAUAAUGGAUUAGUGCAAAAUUCAACUAUAACACAUUCAGAAGAUUUAUAUUUUGGCGGAGCUACAUACAAUGAAUAUCAAGCAUCACCAUUUUACUUUGGAGGUAUUCCGUCAGUAUUAGAACGACCAAGUUCAGGAAAUUUAUCAUCCUUUGAUGUUUAUAUGCAACCACGUUUUCGUGGUAAACUACGUAAUUUGAUUUAUAAGAAUUGUACCAAUACUCGCCUGACUCAACCCGAUCCCAUCGAUGUAGCCGAUGGUGUUUCAUUAGUUCCCAAUGCAUAUUGCUCGUCAACAAUCUGUGGUAUGGGUAUAUGCUUGAUAAAUGAUAACAAUAGUUAUAAAUGUCUUUGUGAUGAGACAUAUUUUCAAGGAAGUAAUUGUCAAUAUGAACGACAAACAAAUGAAAUAACGUUUCAUGGUAAAGAAUACGUAAAAUAUAAUUUACCGAGUUCGAUAUCAAGUGCAAAUGAAAUCUUAACAUUUGAAUUUAAAACAAAUCAUUACGAUGGUCUUCUAUUUCAAUUGAUGAAUUCAAAAAUCGAGAUUAAAUUUAAACAAGGACAAUUGUUUAUAGAAUAUCGUUUGAAUAAUUCUUCCUUUGAAUCGUCAACCAAAAAUCUCUAUUUAAUUGAUAAUCAAUGGCAUUACGUACAAAUAAAACGUAAAUACAGGCAAAUAACAAUACUGAUCGAUCAAUAUUAUCUGGAAUUCGAAAAUGAUCAAAAAAUCGAUCAACUAUUUAAUUUUACGCAAAUAUUAAUCGGAGGAAAUAAUGAUUUAAACGUCGAAAAGUUCUACGGUUGUGUAAAAGAUAUUUCGAUUAUAUUUAAUGAAAAUUUAACAAUUGAUUUCAAUCAAUCGUUAAUCAACUUUGAUGAAUUUAACAUGGUACAAAAUUUGAACUGUAAAUCUUUAAUAAAUCCUAUCCGUUUUCUCGUUUCAUCAUCAUUUAUUUCAUUUGAUCUGCCAAGUUUUUCUCAUGAACUGAAUAUUUCAUUUCGUUUUCAAACGCAUUCGUCAAAUUGCGUACUUCUAUUCAGUCAAUCGAAUCAAGAUUUUCUUGGCUUCGAUUUAAUCGACGGAUUCUUUUUUAUCACAUUAAAUAUAAAUAAAAAACGGCAACGACAAGAAUUAUUUCAACAACGCUUCAAUGAUGGACAAACACAUUAUAUUCAAUUCGAAAUGCGCACUUAUCAAAUAGGACUAGAAUUAAAUAUAAUCAUCGAUUAUAGGCAAAGUACAAGAAUAUCAAUUCGAACUUCAUUAUCAAAAAUAACUUUACAUGCAAUGACGGUCGGCGGUGUUAACCCUUCAAUGCGCGCGUUGCCAACUAAUUACUUUUCUGGUAUAAUGCAUCGCGGUUUAAUUGGCUGUUUCUCAGACCUUGAAAUCAAUCAUGAAUUGAUUGAUUUAGAAAAAUACAUAAACUAUACAAUUAACAACAAUAACAUAAUACCGAAAAGUGGUCCGUGUUCAACAGCACUGUCAACAAAACGAGAGUGCUCAUGUGAACAUCAUGGCGAAUGCCGAAUAAACAAUGACGGUACAUGGUCAUGUGAUUGUUCGAAAACUGGAUAUACGGGUCGACGAUGUGAACAACUGGCUUAUCAUUUAGAUUUAAGUGAAAUUCAAACGUUCGAAUUAAAUACGAACGUACAAUGGAGUGAACAAAUUAGUGAUAUUUCAUUUCGAUUGCAGGCUCUACACGAUGAAGAUGAUUUUCUGCAAAUUCGUCCGUGUCCUCUAUCAUUAAAAUGUGAUUCGAUUAGUUUUUCUAUUCAUAAUGGUCUUUUGAAUGUUUAUUUCUAUUUAAUAAAUUUAACAAUUGAAUAUCCGUUUGUACUCGAUAAACAAUGGCAUUCAGUACAUUUGCAACGUAUUGAUACAAACUUCUUAGUACAUAUUGAUCAUCAUAUAAUAAAACAAAGUGUGAAUAUAAUCAAUUUAAAUCUAUCUUCACCCUCAACUAUUUGGCUAAUAUUUUAUGGGAAUAAACAAAUUCGUAUAGAAGAUUUACGUUUAUAUGAUCAGCCGAUGUAUUCGAAAUUUUUUCUCAAUAAUCAACAUACACAAAUUAAAUUGCAGCAUCGACCAUGGAAACCAUUAAACACGGUUUCAUUUGAACAGCAUCAAAAUUCUUUUAUUGAAAUUCAACUGCAAGACGUUCUCUGCCAAGAUUGUCAAUUGGAUUCGUUCUAUUUUCAAUUCCGCACGAGAGAGCAAAAUGGUAUUCUCUUAUUUGCCAAUAUUCAAACGAAUAGUCCUAAAAUCCGGUAUGGUUUUCGGCGAGAAAAGUGA